GCAAAAGAAUAUGGCCCCGUGUUCACCGUGUAUCUGGGCAUGAAGCCCACAGUGGUGCUGUAUGGAUACGAAGCAUUGAAGGAAGCUCUGAUUGACCGGGGAGAUGAGUUUUCUGGGAAAAUGCAAUCAUCCUUAAUCAGCAGAGUCAACCCAGGGUUAGGCAUCACUUUCAGCAAUGGAGAAAUGUGGAAGCAAACACGGCGUUUUUCCCUCAUGGUCUUACGGUCUAUGGGGAUGGGGAAGAAGACUAUUGAAGACCGAAUUCAGGAGGAAGUCCUUUAUCUCUUGGAAGAACUGAGGAAGACAAAUGGAUCCCCUUGUGACCCUAGCUUCCUUCUGGCCUGUGUUCCCUGCAAUGUGAUCUCUGCUGUUAUUUUCCAGCAACGUUUUGACUACAGUGAUGGAAUAUUCCAAAAGACCACAGAGCAUUUUUAUAGAACUAUUAAAUUUUUAGAAUCACCUUGGAUUCAGCUGUGCAAUAUCUAUCCUGCUUUAUACACUCUCCCAGGAAUCCAUAAAACAUUCCUUAAAAACGAGGCUGAACAUAACAAGUCUAUUUUGAAGGAAAUCAAAAGGCAUCAAGAAUCUCUGAACCUCAGUAGCCCUCAGGACUUUAUUGACCAUUUCCUGAUUAAAAUGGAAAAGGAAAAACAGAAUAAAAAGUCAGAAUUUACCAUGGAAAACCUGGUUGCCACCAUAUCAGAUCUUUUCAGUGCGGGAAAAGAGACAGCGAGUACCACGAUGAAAUAUGGGCUUUUGCUCCUGAUGAAGCAUCCUGAGGUCACAGCUAAAAUUCAGGAAGAAAUUGCACGUGUGGUUGGCAGAUAUCGGAGCCCCUGCAUGCAGGACAGGAACCACAUGCCCUACACUGAUGCUGUCCUUCAUGAGAUCCAGAGAUACAUUGACCUUGUUCCCAUUCCCUUGCCUCGUAAAACAACACAGGAUGUGGAAUUCAGAGGGUACCACAUUCCCAAGGACACAUGUGUAAUGACAUGUCUGACUUCUGUCCUACAUGAUGAAAAAGAAUUUCCCUACCCGGAGAAGUUUGACCCUGGUCACUUUCUGGAUGAGAAAGGCAACUUCAAGAAGAGUGACCACUUCAUGGUUUUCUCAGCAGGAAGAAGAGCAUGUAUUGGAGAAGGUCUGGCCCGCAUGGAGAUGUUUUUAAUCCUGACCAACAUUUUACAGCAUUUUACUUUAAAACCUCUGGUCAAUCCAGAGGACAUUGAUACUAGCCCAGCUCACACUGGCCUAUUGGCUCUCCCUCCAACCUAUGAAGUUUGUUUCAUUCCAGUCUGACCUGGGUAGUCUUUG